ACACACACACACAUACCAACAUGUAACACGGUUAGUCGUGUAGGUUAGUUUGUUGUAAGUUAUACGUUCGUGUCGUAUAUUAACUUUUCAUACUAUUGCAGAAUACGGUAGGUUGUUGUUGCUUUCUAGCACUAAAACACCAGCUCGACAUUGCUGGCGGGCUGUGUAGCAACAUAAGAGUUGAAAGCUAACCCACAGAGGACACAAUCAUGGCUUACAGGCAGAUAUUGAAAGCUUUACACAGGAGUCUUCAACAGACAGCGACUCAGUACGCCGUGCACACAUACAAACUCGUACAGGUUAGCAUGCUUGUCCACACACACAGGACAGUAUCAACAGUGUCGAGACUGAGCUUUCAUAGAGGAGUCCAGAGUACACCUUGGUCUGUGUUGCCAGUACUGAGCUGCUUCGUGCAGGCGCAGACACGGAGGGGCAUUUCUCUGCACUCUGCUGCCAGAAAUCCAAGCAGUCCUGAGGAGAGAGACGGCGGCCACAAAUCAGUCUCCAGGUAUCAGAGUGGGAGCCCAAAGCCUUCAGCUGCACAGAAAGUGAAGGAUGCUGGCCGCGACUUCACCUACCUGAUAGUUGUACUGAUCGGGCUUGGAGUGACAGGUGGUCUGUUAUAUGUGGUCUUCCAGGAGCUGUUUUCCACCUCGAGCCCAAAUAAAAUCUAUGGGAAAGCUUUCGACAAAGUCAGGUUGCACCCAGAGGUUAUUGGUGCCUUUGGAGAACCAAUCAAGUGUUACGGUGAGACAACCCGCAGAGGAAGGAGACAGCAAGUCAGUCAUUUGGAGUACCUGAAGGAUGGACUGAAGCACAUGAGACUUAAGUUUUACAUCGAAGGCUCAGAGCCAGGUCUCAAAGGAACUGUACAUUCAGAGUCUAAAGAGAAUGUUGAAACUGGAAAAUAUGAAUUCCGUUACAUAUUUGUGGACAUAGACACCUACCCAAGACGGACCAUCAUUGUGGAAGAUAACCGAUGAGAAAAACAAUGGACUCAGUCUCUCAGAAGUGUAUUUCAUUGACAAUGUGAAGAAUGUGUCUCUUUAAAGCGGGUUUGUGUUAUUUCUCAAAAUUGCUGAAGGUGUGAAUGUAACUUUAAUUUACAAUCAAAAGCUGUUAUGUUAGAUAUCAACAGUUAAGACUGAUUUAAAUUUUGACACAACAGUAUGCUGGCCAGCAUUUGGUGAAGAGCUUUGCAAAGCAUAGUCUCUUUCAAUGACAUAACAUUAUUUGACUAUGAUGUGUUACUGUUUUAUAAAUCAUACAAAUGUGCUACAAAUAUGGUUUCAGUGGCAGGGAUAAGUACACAUAUUGAGGAUACAACAGCAUGCAUUUGUUUCAUUUUUUAUUUACUGAAAGAACAUCUGAAUUUUGAAGCAACCAAUCAAAUAUUCUUACAAGGUAUGAAAUACCUUUUGAAAUUGUAAUAAAUAAUAAAUAACACUGUUAUGUGCACAGCAACAUAAUAUCCAACAAGAAUAUCAGUUUUUAUUAGAGUUUUUUUUCUGAAGAUAUUGGGUUGAAACUCUGAACAACAGAAUAAUUUAUCUUUCAGUUUUGUUUAAUUGUAUGUAUGGUUUAAUUUGGGUGUUGGCAUUUUUAUCUUAACCUUUAGAUAUUCGUAUUAUGUUUAAAAAAACCAUGUCGCAUCAUUUUAGUGCCCACCCUAGUCUGAUGUCCCUAGUUUAUACAAAAUGGCCACUAGAUGGCGGCAAAGCAUCAAAGUUUGUAGGAACAACCCGAUAUGACCUUUUAGGUAAUUGAAGGAUUUCUGAUUCAUUUAUGUCUUUAAAUGUCCUGUGAACGUCCUAUUCUCAUCAACAGUAUUUGAAUGAGUGUUUUUGAAGUCUCACGGACUAACAGACUUUGAUGACUCAAUAUUAACUAAACACAUGCAUGACAUCCUUGAAUAUUAUCAACAAUGAACACCAAGAUUACUUUAUAACUAUUUUAAUGCGUAUGAUACUCAUGGUGGUUUAGUUUAUAGAAAAUAUGCUGUGAUUUUUGUUUAUUUUUACCCCUUUGUUUGACGAGCCCAUGCUACCUUCCUGACCCUCGGAAAUGUGGAUAUUUUUAAUGAGGCACAAAGAAACGCCCCCCUAAAGUCACCUCGGGGAAAAAAAAAAUCUUGAUUUGUGAGUGAUAACGCUGUUGUGUUAAAUGUAAUCUUGAGUGGGGGGUUUUGAAUUAAAAUGAUCUUUGUGCCCUGCCAUACAAAAAAUAAAACAAU